AUGGCCAACAGUAUUCCGACCAAGGAUCAGCCCGUCAUCAUAGUCGGCAGUGGUAUAUUUGGGCUCAGUACAGCCCUUCAUCUUGCACGCAGGGGAUACAGACAAGUGACUGUAUUUGAUAAACAGCCCUACGAUGAAAGUCUCUACUCGUAUUUCAGAGGCGCCGACGCGGCAUCGGCAGAUAUCAACAAGAUAGUCCGGUCCGCCUACGGCUCGCAGACAGAGUACCAAGAUCUCUCAACCGAGGCGAUUGCGGGAUGGCAUCAGUGGAACACCGAGUUGGCCACAGGCAAGAACCUUCCCCCUGGCAUGUGCCAACAGGAUGCCGUCUUCAUCCCAAACGGAAAUUUGUCUUUGUCAACAGCGCCCACUCUGCCUGACUGGGAACUUGCCUGCAUUGAGGGAAUGGAAAGAUCAGGUCAUUAUAACACACAACUGGCCACAACGGAUCCUGGGCACCGAGAAGUGGCCCGACGAAAGGGCAUAGAUCACCUGUUGGAUCCCUUUCGAAGGGAGGCUCGGGGCAAAGCCAAUGUCGGCGUCCUGGAUACAACCGGAGGAACGGCCGUAGCCGACAAGGCAUGUCGGUUUUCCCUCGAGAAAGCGAGAUCGCUAGGUGUCAAAUUUGUAUUUGGCCUUGAUGCGGGCAGGUUUGAGUCCUUUGUGCGAGAGGGCCAGAAAAUAACUGGCAUCAAAACCGCUGACGGGAAAGUGCAUCAUGCAGACAUGACCAUCAUGGCAUGUGGUGGCUGGACUCCGGUAUUGGUGCCACAGCUCGAUGGUCUCUGCGAGGCGACUGCCGGCAGCGUAGCGCUUUUGAAGAUCCCCCGAUCAUCCCCAAUGUGGGAUAAACUGAGCCCCGAUCAAUUCCCGACCUUUACGUGGAAUAUGCGGGCCGGUGCCGGUGGCUGCGUCUAUGGCUUCGCACGAGACAACGAUGGAUGGUUCAAAAUUGGCUAUAGAGGCACAAAGUAUACCAAUCCAAUGUCCCAAGCCGACGGCAAGGAACGAAGCACGCCAGUGACUCGAUGGUCUCCCGCGCAUCGCGAUGGCAAUGUGCCAGUGGGCAGCGCUCUGACAUCGUUCCCGGUGCAGGCGCAUCGAGUAAUCCAAGGGUUUCUCGACGAAUACCUUCCGGAAUUGGCGCAAGAAGGAAUUACUAUCGACACGACCCGCAUCUGCUGGUAUACUGAUACCUACGAUAAUCACUUCGUCGUCGACUACGUUCCCGAAUGUGAAGGCCUCAUGGUUGCGACAGGUGGAAGUGGACACGCUUUCAAGUAUUUACCAAAUAUUGGCAAUUGGGUUGUUGAUGUAAUGGAGCAGGUCAAUCUCGAAAGGCCCGCCAUCAAAGCUUGGCGCUGGCGGACAUCAGGUCCAGAGAAGCCGGUCAAUGCGUUGAUGGAAGGAUCGAAUGGGCUGCGAGCAUUGGGAAAUAUUGCCAUGUCACAUCUAGGUAGAAAUGCGAAAUUGUAA